AUGAAGAAAAAUCAUACAAAAUUUACAGAAUAUAAUGAACAAAAAUCAAUAGCCAAGGAUUAAUUGAUUUAAAGACUAUAGGAAAAUUAUAAAUCGUCAAAAUAACCAUAAGAUAUCAUCAUGAAAAUAUUAAAUGAGUAGGACAUAGAAAACCUUGAAAAAAUGAUUAAAAAACUUGGAAUAUGGCCUUGCACAAUAGAUUGUAAAUUAAAAUUAUGAUUUUAGAAUAAUUUAUUGAAGAUCUUCUAUAAUAACCUGAUAUAUCAUUUGAAAUAUUUGUUUAUAUGAUUCUAAUCUCUGAUGGGUAUUUCUGUCCAUUCUCUCCAAUAACUACAUCAAAUUUGAUUACUAAUUUUCAUUGUGGAUUAUUAUAAAACUAUUUUUGUUGUAUAACCCCAGAAAACUAUCAUUUCUACUUCGAAAUUGGUUUAGAGAAGAAACCAAUAAUCAAAAAAAACGAAGUAAGUUUUACUGUAUAUUUUAGUUUUUGGGUUUUCAAACAAUUCAUAGAAUUCAUUUCUUAGCAAUAAGAUUUGAUAGAAGAAUUGAGAAUGUGUUAUUAAGACUCUUUAAUUAAAAUUAAACUUAGAAAUUAAAUCCUUAUAGGUAGAAUUUUGGAUAAUUAAAUUUCGAUUCUAGUAAAUUAAUUAAUUAAUAUAUAGCUACUUCGAUUUAAAGAAAAUAAAAAUACUUUUGUUUGGAGAAACCAUUAUUUUAUUGGAAUGAAGUCGAAGAAUGGGGAGAAUGCUAAUUCAAUAUUGGAUUAAAAGAUUAAUAAUGUAUGAGAUGGAUACCAACAGGAAUUUAAACUAAAUAAUUAGAUGAAAAGUAAUUGAAAUAAUAUUAUUAUGAUUAAAAUUUGAGUUAAUGGGUGAAAAAUGAAGAUAUUGAAUUUUUAAAGAAGUAUAAAUAGAAUAGAGAUUUAUCAAAAUAAAAUAAACAUAUUUUACAUUAAUAUGCAGACUUUGAAUCAGGAGCAUUGAUAAUUGAUAUUAUGUAAAAAUUACCUGAUUUUAAAAUUCUAAUUACUUAAUAAGAAAGAAAGGUAAUAGCAUCAAAAUAAAAUUCAUUAAUUAUUGGUAGAAGUGGAACAGGAAAAACAACUUGUACAGUCCUUAGAUUAUUUGCAAUAUAGACUCUAUUCAAAAUUAGAUAAAAACUAUUUAAUUAAGAAAAUGAAAAGCUUUUAUUUAAUUAUUAAGAUAUACCAAAUAAAGUUGGUUUACAUUGUGUAUUUACAACUUAGAAUCAUGUAUUAAUAGGAGAAGUUAGAAAAUAUUAUAGAAAAUUGUUAUAACAUAUAUAAGAUUCUAUAAAAAGGAAUUAAGAGAAAUAAUAGAAUUAAUAAUAAAAUAUUCCAUUAAGUUUAGAUUAAAGUUUGUAAGAAUAAUUAUUUAUUUUAUUAGUAUAUCUCAAUCAUUUUAGAUUUGUGAUGAAAUAAAUGAAAGUUCUAUAAGUAUGAUAUUAUAAGAAGAAUCUUUUAUAUGCACAGAAUGUGAAGAUGAUAAAGAAGAAAUGGAAGAAGAUGAUUAAUUAGAAGAUGUUGAUUUACUUGGUUCAUUAGAAUAAAUGUCAGAUGAUAAAUUUCCAGCUUUUUUAAGUCUAAAAAAAUUAAUUUUGUUAAUUGAUUCAUCAUUGAAAAAACCAUUUUUUGAAUAAGAAAGAUUUAAAAAAAAUGGUAAAAGAUUAUAAAAAGCUGGUUGGAAUACUGGAAAAACAAUAAAAAUAACUUAAAAACUUAAAACAAAUAAAAAUAUUAAUGUUAUUGAUAUAGAUGAAAAUGCUAAAUUUGAAGAAUAAGAAUUUAAAAUGCUAAAUUAAUAAGAAGUUAAAGAGAAAAUAGAUGAAACUAAAUUAUUAAUAUAAAAAUAAGAAGAGAAAGCCUAAUAAAAUUAAAAAUAAAAUUAAUAAGAAUCUAAUAUAUAAGUAACAGAAGUUGAUUAUGAAUAUUUCUUAAAAAGAUUUUGGCCAACAAUUAAAAAACCAAAUUAAAAAUAUGGUUGUGAUGAAAGAUCAUUUCCAACAUUAAUAUGGACAUAAGUUUAUUCGUAUAUAAAAGGAUCUUAAUUUUCUUAUUCUUAUCCUAUGAAAUAUUUACCUAAAGCUAUUUAUGCUGAAUUAAAUCCAUCUAAUCUAUCUUAAGAUAUAAUUAAUCUUAUAUAUGAUUACUUUUUGGAAUAUGAAAAAUGGAAAUUAUCAUGUGGAAUAUUUGAUUUAAUGGAUUUAGUCAAUUAUAUUAUAUGUGAAUUAGAUAAGGGAGAUUAUAAAACUGUUCCUAUCCAUUAUUUAUUUGUAGAUGAAGUUUAAGAUUUACCACAUGCAGUAAUAACUUUAUUUAUAAGAUUAAUUGAAUAAGGUUAUUAUUUCUGUGGAGAUACUGCCUAAAAUAUAGUUAAAGGAGUAGGUUUUAGAUUUUAAGAUCUUAAAAAUAUGUUUAAACAUGUAGAAAAUCCAUUACUUUUAGAAUUGGAAUAGUUUUAAUUGACUAUUAAUUUUAGAUCUCAUAAUAAUAUUCUAUAAUUGGCAAAUAGUAUUGUUAAUUUAAUUGAAUUAUUUUUUCCAAAAGCAAUUGAUAGAUUAAAUAAAGAGAUCUCUGAUUUAAAAGGACCUAUGCCAAUGUUAAUUUAAAGUAAUAAUAUUGAUGAUCUAUUUAAUUUUUUAACAGGAGAUGUUAAUCCUAAUUUAGAUAAAUAAGCAGUUCCAAUUGAAUUUGGUUGUAAUUAAGUAGUUUUGGUUAAAGAUUCAGAUGCUAGAGAUAAUAUUCCUUCUGUUUUAGCUCAUGCUUUAAUUUUAACAAUAUAUGAAUCAAAGGGUCUUGAAUUUGAAGAUGUCAUUUUAUUUAAUUUCUUUACCGAUAAUACUAUCCUAUAAUCUUAAUGGGAUCUAUUUAAUUAAUUAUUUAUUGAUGAAGUAGAGGUUGACAGAGAUGAAUAUAAUUAUAAAUUAACAAGUAAAUAUUAAUAUUUUAUUUAGGACAUGAAUAAUAAAAUAGUAGUAUUGAAGAUAUUUAAGAUAAUAAUGCAUCAUUUAGUACUUAAAAUGAAUAAGGAAAUAUUUUAGUUAAGAAAUUAAGAUUAAAACCUAGUAUUAAAUCAUUUGAUCUAAAUAAUUAUAAUGCUUUAUGUAAUGAAUUAAAGUAUUUAUAUGUGGCUGCAACAAGAGCAAAAAAUAGAUUAAUUAUAUUUGAUGAGUAACCAGAUAAAAGAACUAAAAUUUAAGAUUUAUGGUAAUCUUUAAAUUUAAUAUAAAUAUUGGAUGAAUCAUAUUUUUAAAAUGCAAAAGAAAUGAAUAAAAUUAUAACUCAAAAUACAAAAGAAGAAUGGUAUGCAACUGGAAUGAAAAUGUUUGCUAAUAAAUAUUAUGAUUAAGCAAUCAAAUGUUUUGAUAUGUCUGGACACUAAUUAUUAUAUACUAAAUCAUAAGCAUAUGCCUUUGCAUUUAAAGCUGAAAAAUAAUUAUUAUAAAGUGAAAACUUUGUUGAAUUAAGUGAAGAUACUCAUUUACCUUAAAAUUUAAGAAGAUAAUAUAAAGAUAAAUAUGAAAAAUCUAAAUCAGAAAUGUUUAAUAAUUUUAAUAAAGCAGCUGAAAAAUUCUUAGAAUGUAAAAUGAAAAAAAAUGCAGCAGCAUGUUUCUUUUCAGCAUAAUAAUAUGAAUAAUCAUUAAUUUAUUAUCUAUAAACUAAAUGUUGGGAAGAAGCAGCUGAAGUAGCAUUUAAAUUAAAGUAUUAUCAUAUUGCUGGAAUAUUAUGGUUAAAGACUUAUAAAAUUGAUUAAAGUAUUGAAGCAUUUAAUUAAUUUUAAAAUAAUCUAAUUACUUUACAUUUACUUUAUGAAUUCAAAUAUGAAUUAAGUGAUGAUAACAAGAAUCUAUGGUAAAUUUUAUUACCUUAAGUGUUGUAAGAGUGUUGGUUACAAUAUUUUAAGUCCAAAGAUGCAGUCUUUAUUGAAAAAAAAAAUUAUUCAGGGAAAAAAUUAGAUUUUUCUAUUUUGGAAAAGCAUACAGAUUUUUAAUAUGAUUUUAAUUCUGAAUUGAUUAUUAUUUAAGCAUCAACUUAAGAUGUAAAUACAAAAGAAAAGAUGUAUUAGACACUUUUUCAUUAUUUAUAUAAUUUUUUAGAUGAAAUACUAAUAGUUCUAUCAAAAGUGUUUAUUAACUAUCCAAUCUAAGUAAUGAAAGAAAGUAUGUUGAAAAAAUCAGAUGAAUUUAAAUAAAAUUAAAUAGCAUUUAUCCAAAAUGUACUAGAAUAUUUUGAUAUUCAAGAUUUAUAACUCUUUAUGCUUGAAACAACAAAAUCUAGUGAUAGAGAUAAUUAUUUUAUUUCCUGUCUUUAUUAUAUUUCACCCUUAUAUUAGCCAUGCUUUUCAUUAAAUUUUUAAUUCUCAAAUUAUUAAAAAUUUUGUAAAGCAGAUUUCAAAAAAAUUGAAAACAAUCAUAAGUCUACACUUGAAAAAUCAGAAUAAAAACUUAGUACCUUUACAUUUUCUUCGAAUAAAUUAUUGAUGAGUUAUUCUUUAUGUUAAUUAGGAUUAUAUGAAACCGCUAUUAAAUCUUAUUAAAAACAUAUUGCUAUAUUAUAAUCAACUGAAGAAUAAUCAAUGACAUCAAGCAGAAUCAAAAUUUAUAUGUAGAAUAUGAGAACUAUAUUCGAACUUUUUUAAUUAUAUUAAUCACUGCUAUAAACAUAUAAUAUUGAAUAUACUAUGCAUCCUAGGUUUGAAAAAUAAAAAUAAGAGAGGAAAUUAAUUUAAGCAAUACUAGGAUAUUAUUAUUCAAAUAAUUAGGAUAUUUAUAAACUUAAAAAUUUGAAAUAUGAUUACCUUACUACAUAUAUUGACCAAUUAGAAGAGGUUAGAAUUAUAAAUAAAAAUUUUGAUAAAAAUUGUAAAUAUUUAUUCAGAAACUCUAAUUCUUAAAUUCAUAAGACAAUUAUUUUAUCUAUUGUUGCUUAUUAGGAUGAAAAAAUUAUGCAAUCCCUUUAUGAUUUAAAUUAUUUAGAUUUUUAAUUAUUUUUGAUUGAACUUUAAAAAGUAGUAGAUCUAUUUAAAUAUAAUCGAAAUACAGUUUAUUAUAAUGAAACAUUUAAGAGUAUUUGUGCUAUUUAUUAAUUAUCAGUAGCAACAUCAUAAGAUUUCUAAUUCUUAGGAUAAUCAUACAUUAUUGUUAAUAAAUCAUCUUUAAUUUUUGAAACUUUAGCUAAUAAUUAUAAAUAAUAAUAAUUUUAGGCUUUUUAAUUUGAUAUAAAAGGAGAAUUUUUUUUAUUUUCCUCAUACUUUGUUGUAAAGACUAUAUAACGAAUUUAUAAAGAAUUUCUUAAGACAUAUGUACAUAGAUAUUGUAUGAAAAAAACUGCAUCUAACAAUAAUGUUCCAUUUUUAAUUUAAAUUUAUUCUUUUUGUGCUAUCAAAACAUUAAAAAAAGAAAAUAAAAUAAUGAAUAAAUAUUUAGACUAAACUCUUGCUGAUUGGAAUUUAUUAAAUUGUUUAGAAUAUUAAUUAUCAGAUUAAAUAUUUAAUAUUUGGUAUCAAAUACCUAAAAUUGAAAAUCCAUUAAAUAGAAAAAUGUAUGAAAAUUUAACAAAUAAGUCUUUCGCAAAAGUUUUAACUGAUCAAACAAAGGAAGAAUUACACAUUCAUUUAUUGACUGGUAUACAUGCAUUAAAUAUUGCUUAUUAUUAUGACGUUUCAUUAGAAUUCAUUUAGAAUCUAAUUUAAGCUAGAAAAAGAUUAGAAUAUUUAAAUAGAAUAAAACAUAAUGAAAUUGCUGAUUAAAAUCCAUUUCUAACUUAAUAUUAAUUAUAAGGUUAUCAGAAUUAUAUUGAUUAUUUGUUACGUAGUUAAAUAUGUAUGUCAAUUAAAAAUAUAAGUUAAUACAUUGAAUAUCAUACAUUAUUAUCCUCCAUAAGUUUUUCUGAAUAAAUAUAUAGAGAUUUAACUUUCUGCACUUUAAUUUACAUAAUAUGUAAAAGAUCUCAUUAUUAAUAUACUAAAAAAUUAACAGAAUUAGAGAAAGAUGCAAAAGAGGCCAAAGAAUUUCAAGAUUCUUUAUAAUUGGAAUAAUAAAUAAUUAAUGAAAUUAUAGAGUUAAAAAAUUUUAGAGAUUUUAAGUAAUAAAAAAUGAAUUUAAUAUUACCCAAAAAGGCUAUUACAUUCUUAUAAACACUUAGUUGUUAAAAGGUUUAAAUAGAUGAAUAAUUUGAUGAUUCAUAAAUUCAAAAAUUUAUAUAGAUAUUAAUUGAAUUAUUUAAAACAGGAGACGAGUAACCUUUAUUUUUGUUGGGUGCUAUAAUAAUCAAUGUGGAGACUAUCAAUAUAGAAAUUUAAAUGGCUUUGGAGGCUGAAUUAAUAUAGUAAAUUUCAUAAAAGCGCAGAAAAAUGAUUGAGAAUAUUUUAGAAAUAGCUGAUGAAGAAUUUGAAAGUAGACAUGAUUUAGUUUUAAAGAUGAUCUAUAAAGGAUAAAGUGUUUUUACAAAGUUUACUGAAUUAGAAAUAAAUUAUUCCAAUAUUUCAAUGAAAACAUUUAAUAAUUUUUAAGAAGAUGCGCUAAAAGAUAAAUUACAAACUGAAUAUAUUAAUGAAAAUAUCAAUUAUCAACUAGAUAAUUAAGAGAGAAAAAAGUUUAAAAGCUUAUAUGUAGGAAUGAGAUUUACUACUUAUUAACCUUUAGUAAAAAGAUGUAUAUCAUUUAAUGAUUCGUUGCUAAGAAUAGGAGGAUCAUCAGAAAUUUAUGAUCAAGUCAAUAUUUUAAGAAGGUAUUUAAUUAUAUAAUUCUAGCAAAUUAAUUGAAAUUUUAUACACAAAAUAAUUAUAAAAACCUGUCAAUUUUAAUUCAAUAAGAGAAUAGUUGAAAAGACUUUCUCAACUAGAAGGAGAAUUAGACGAUGAAUUUGUUGAAAACUCUAAGUAGGGAGGAUACGGAAGAAUUUAAAAAAGAUAAUUUGAAUAUGAACUUGAAGAAUUUGAUGAACAAAUUGAGACAUGGAUUCAAGAGAAUAGUUAAUUAUCAAAUAAAUUUCAAAAUAUUGAAAAUUAAAUCAACAAAAAUGUACAAAAAAAAACUAUUGCGAUGUGUUUAAUUUAAAAAAAUUCUAAUUAAAGAUGGUGA